ACGGUGAAGAGUAAAACCCUAAUUGCCAUACUGAACUCUGGCCACUCUCUUUAUAAAGCCACAUCCUUCCCUUGUUCGAAGCCUACUCUCUUUCUGCUUGCUUAAGGUCAGGGCGGCGAGAGAGGUUCACAGCAAUUUCAUUUAUUUUCCUGAAAGUUAUUGUUACAAAUCUUUAAUAUGGGUAAGGAGAAGGUUCACAUUAACAUUGUGGUCAUUGGUCAUGUCGACUCCGGAAAGUCGACCACCACAGGACACUUGAUCUACAAGCUUGGAGGUAUUGACAAGCGUGUUAUUGAGAGGUUUGAGAAGGAGGCUGCUGAAAUGAACAAGAGGUCAUUCAAGUAUGCAUGGGUGCUUGACAAGCUCAAGGCUGAGCGCGAGCGUGGUAUUACCAUUGAUAUUGCCCUGUGGAAGUUUGAGACCACGAAGUACUACUGCACUGUCAUUGAUGCUCCUGGACAUCGUGACUUUAUCAAGAACAUGAUCACUGGUACCUCACAGGCUGACUGUGCUGUCCUCAUCAUUGAUUCCACUACUGGAGGUUUUGAAGCUGGUAUUUCAAAGGAUGGUCAAACUCGUGAGCAUGCCCUGCUUGCUUUUACCCUUGGUGUCAAGCAGAUGAUAUGCUGCUGUAACAAGAUGGAUGCCACAACCCCGAAGUACUCCAAGGCAAGGUAUGAUGAAAUUGUGAAGGAAGUGUCUUCCUACCUCAAGAAGGUUGGUUACAACCCUGAGAAGAUCCCCUUUGUCCCCAUCUCUGGUUUUGAGGGUGACAACAUGAUUGAGAGGUCCACCAACCUUGACUGGUACAAGGGACCAACCCUACUUGAGGCUCUUGAUCAAAUCAAUGAGCCCAAGAGACCCUCAGAUAAGCCCCUUCGUCUGCCACUUCAGGAUGUGUACAAGAUUGGUGGUAUCGGAACUGUCCCUGUGGGUCGUGUGGAAACUGGUGUCCUCAAGCCCGGUAUGGUUGUUACAUUUGGCCCAUCUGGACUGUCCACUGAAGUUAAGUCUGUUGAGAUGCACCACGAAGCUCUCCAGGAGGCUCUUCCUGGAGACAAUGUUGGUUUCAAUGUCAAGAAUGUUGCUGUCAAGGAUCUCAAGCGUGGUUUCGUUGCAUCUAACUCCAAGGAUGAUCCUGCGAAGGAGGCUGCUAACUUCACCUCUCAGGUCAUCAUCAUGAACCACCCUGGCCAGAUUGGUAACGGAUAUGCCCCAGUGCUCGACUGCCACACUUCCCACAUUGCUGUCAAGUUUGCUGAGAUCUUGACCAAGAUUGACAGACGAUCUGGCAAGGAGCUUGAGAAGGAGCCCAAGUUUUUGAAGAAUGGUGAUGCAGGAAUGAUUAAGAUGAUUCCCACCAAGCCCAUGGUUGUUGAGACUUUCUCGGAGUACCCACCUCUUGGUCGUUUUGCUGUUAGGGAUAUGAGGCAGACUGUGGCUGUUGGUGUCAUCAAGAAUGUUGAGAAGAAGGACCCAACCGGUGCCAAGGUCACCAAGUCUGCUGCCAAGAAGAAGUGAGGUGUUUUAAAGAUCCACUGUAGCUAGGCUUAUGUUCUGAAUUUUGUUAAUGUACCUGUUUUGUUUAAUUACGUUGUUUUUGUGGACAGUGUUCAUAUGCUUCCAUUACACUUUGAGCAGUUGGAUUUUAUCCGGGUGCUCAAUUUGGUGUGAUGGAAGUCGGCGUUUUCCCUUUUUUCUUUGAUUUUCUAUGAUACUUUUAAAGUGGUUUUGAAUUUAAACUUUAAUUUUGGAUGC